AUGGAAUUAGACGAUUUUUCAUCUAAAUUACCACUUACACCUACUUCACCAACUACACCACUUCUUAAUUCUCAAUGGGGAGUUACGAUAACAACUAAUUCUCCGCCUCUUAUAACAGCUUCUACUACUACCACCACUGCUUUAUUUAUAAAAAAGGAACAUAAUGGAAAAUUUAGAGACAAUAAUAAUAUUAGCAAUACAAAACAAUUAAAAGGGAUAUAA